AAUGGUUGAUAAUCCAGUUCAGCUGCAUAUUGAUUUUGAAAAUUUAUAAGUUUCUGAUUAAGAUGAUGAGUGCUACAGUGGAGUUUCAGAUGUUUCUGUUGAACUUUAAAUAUUAGAAUACUAGCCAUAAUAACCAGCUAGCUUGAAUAUUGAAAGAAGGAUUGUUUCAUAUCUCAAGGAACUUGGCAUCAAAAUGAAAACAGAUCCAAGAGCUAAACAAGAUAGAUAUUUUAAGAGAAAACGGCAGUUAAAAAGAGCACAAACAACUUUCAUGGAAGAAAAAGAAAUAAAAUCGACUACUAUGACGCCACCUUAAAUCAGUAAGAAGCCUAAAAUGUAGUUAUAAAUGAAUUCAAUUAUUGGAAGACGUACUCCACAAAAUUUAGGAAGCACUCCUUUACUUCAUUUUCCAAAUAAAGUUACUGAAAAGUCUAAAUUCAGCCUUUAGCGUGAAACUUCUAGUUCUCCAGUUUGA